UAAAAAAUUGAAUUGUUUUCCUAAUUUGGGAGUUGAAAUUGAGGUUAUGUUGCCAUUGUUUUGAUAACAGUUAGUAAACAUGUUCAACAUUUUUAAUUCUAAAAGACAUUCUUUAAAUAAACGAGAUAGAGAGCUUGAACCCCCUACAAAGAAGUUAAUAUCGGAGGGAGAUGUAUUAAUAAAAAAAUUAAGUGAAAAACAACUUGAGAAAAGUACUACAUUACAAGAGCAAUUAAAUGAGACAAAAGAGUUUGUAAAUAGUGUAGAAUAUAUUCCAGUUACAAAUCGAAUAAGUGGUAUAAACACCACACAAUGUUUUCAAAAGGAAUCACAUAGACUAGAUGUUAUUGAUAAAUAUAAAUUGUUGGGACUUUCUGAAAAAGAUAUUGAAUUACUUCAGGAUAUGAAUCAGGGCCUAGAAUAUGUAAAAGGCAAAUACAAAUCUAUUAAUGAAGAUAUUUUACUUGACAAUAUACAGAGAGUAAACAAACUAUUACAAACUUCUGGUGAUUGCACACAUUACAGUGGUGAUAGUAAUUUGCCGAGGCAGGAUCAUGAGGCAGCUCUUUCAGUUAAACCUGACAGUACAGAAACAAAAUUGUUAAAGUUUGCUUUAAAAAAUGAGGAGAAAAAAGUUAAAUUACCACAUCCCAUGGAUAAUAUUUGUACCUUAGAGCAAAACUUUAUGGACAAUGUUGACCUAUUUACUCCUGUUGAUAUCAAAAAAAUUAGAAAAAAAGCUAGAUCUUUGGCCAGAGCAAUGAAUGAAACUGGUGAGUUACAAAACACAAAUGAUGAUACCAAAAACUCAAAGAAACCUGUAGACAAUUCAAAAUGGGAUGUUACUGAGUCAGAUGAUAAUUUCAAAGAAAAGAUACAAAUUGUAUCAAAAGGAGUACGUACAUGUAAGCCUCAAAAAUUAUACACAAUUAGGGAUGGCAAAAUAGUUGAACUAAAAAGUGAUAUAUCCCAGAGUAGUCAUUCUAACUCUGAGAUUAAACAAUUAUCUAUUGAUGAAAUUAAAAAUAUUCCUAGAUUUAAUGAUUAUGAUCCUGGUGAAAAAUCCAAUAAAUUAUAUUUAAAGAAUUUACAUAAAAACUGUGAUGAAACUGACUUGAGGAACCUUUUACCAAAUACUGAUAAUAUAGUUUCCAUUCAACUUUUAAAAGGAAAACUGAAAGGACAGGCAUUUAUUCAAUUUUCUGAUGAAUCAAGUGCAGAGAUGGCUUUGAAGUCGUUGCUUGGAGUUGUCCUUAAAAACAAACCUAUAAUUGUACAAUAUGGUAAAAUAAAAGACAAAUAACCUUAAAA